UGGCUGUCAAAAGCAGCUGUCAUUUUGCGGCUGUCAAACUGUCAACAAGCGGUUGAUGGGGAGCAAAAAAAAGCAAGAAAACAAAAAUCAAGAAGCAGAACGCUGUUUUGUGUUGUGUUAAUUUAUGUUCCCCGGUUUGCUAACAAAAGUUUACUAGUGAACACCGGGAGAAAAUAUGGCUGCCCAAAUUGAUGGCGUUUUCGAGUCGGGCCUGCAGCAGAAAAUCAAGGAAUCGAAGGUGUUGGUUGUCGGUGCCGGUGGUAUAGGGUGUGAAAUAUUGAAAAACCUUGUGCUAACAGGAUUCCAGGACAUAGAGAUCAUCGAUCUGGACACGAUUGACGUGAGCAACCUGAAUCGUCAAUUUUUGUUCCACAAGGAGCAUGUCGGAAAAUCGAAGGCAAACGUUGCGCGCGAGAGUGCUCUCACGUUCAAUCCGAACGCCAACAUAAAAGCGUACCAUGACAGCAUUACGACCAACAACUAUGGCGUAAAUUUCUUUCAACGAUUUUCCAUCGUCCUGAACGCGCUGGACAAUCGGGCCGCGCGUAGCCAUGUCAAUCGGCUGUGCUUGACGGCCGACGUACCGCUGAUCGAAUCGGGUACCGCCGGAUACAACGGGCAGGUGGAGCUGAUCAAGCGUGGUCUCACAACGUGCUACGAGUGUUUCCCGCAACCGGCCCAGAAAACCUUCCCGGGCUGUACGAUUCGCAACACCCCGUCCGAACCGAUUCACUGCAUCGUUUGGGCGAAGCAUCUGUUCAAUCAGCUGUUUGGUGAGAGCGCUGAAGAUGAAGACGUUUCGCCCGAUACGGCGGACCCGGAAGCCGGUGCCGAGGUCGGUCAAGCCGCACUCGAGAAGGACGCAAAUGAGAAGGGGAACGUAGAUCGCGUGAAUACGCGCACCUGGGCAAAAGAAUGCCAAUACGAUGCGGAAAAGAUUUUUAACAAACUGUUCUACGAUGAUAUCAAAUAUCUGCUCACCAUGUCCAAUCUGUGGAAGAAUCGCAAUCCACCCAAACCCGCCAAGUGGGACACCGUGCAAGAAGACGCGAAGGAGGAGGAUGCCAUCGUGGAUAGUGUAGCGCGGGAUCAGACCGUGCUCAGUAUGGCACAGUCGGCAAAGCUGUUUGCCGAGAGUAUUAAAGCGUUGGAGGCGGCGCUUGCUAAACUCCCGGACGGGGACCAUCUCGUGUGGGAUAAGGACGAUAAGGAAGCGAUGGAUUUUGUGGCCGCGUGUGCCAAUAUUCGGGCGCAAAUUUUUAACAUUCCAAGAAAGAGUCGAUUCGAGAUCAAGUCUAUGGCCGGCAACAUAAUACCAGCGAUCGCGACUACCAACGCCAUCACGGCCGGCAUUGUUGUAAUGCGCGCCUUCCGCGUGCUGCAGCAGGAGUUCGAAAAGUGCAAAACGGUGUACGUUCGGCUGCGGGUUAACCCACGGAAUCAAUUCAUCGUACCGGACACAACCAUCAUUCCACCGAACCCGAAAUGCUACGUCUGCGCCGCAAAGCCGGAGGUCGUGCUGAAGCUCGACACCAAGAAGCUGACAGUGCGCGAGCUGCGGGACGACAUUCUGAUCAAAGCGCUAAAUAUGAUCAGUCCGGAUGUGAUGCUGGACGGGGCGAAUUCGAUCGUGAUUUCUUCCGAGGAGGGAGAAACCGACUGCAACAACGCGAAGACACUGGAGGAGAUGAAAAUCGUGGACGGGUGCAUCUUGAAAGUGGACGAUUUUCUGCAAAACUACGAGCUGAGCAUUACGGUGCUGCACAAGGAUCCGGGCCGUGAGGAGGCACCGUUCGAGAUCGUUGCCGAUGCGGAAUCGUUGAAACCGAAGGAAGCGGAAGCAGAAAGCUCAGCAGCGGCACCGGGACCAUCGUCCGCACCGGCAGACGAUGCCCCGCAACCGUCGACAUCGAAGGGUGUUAACGGGUCGGCGAAUGGGAAGAAUACUGCCCCGAAUCACGAUAGCGACGAUGAUCUGUGCAUAGUGGAGGAGGAGGAGGAGAACGUCGAAGGCCGUCCAUCCACCUCGAAGGCGUCAUCGAGCAAGGCAACCGUGGAGAAACGAAAGCACGCACCGGAAGAGGAUGAACCGGCCAACAAAAAGGCGAAAGUGUCCUCCUCGCACACACCCAUGGAUGAGGACGAUGAUCUGAUCAUCUUGGAUUAAGUAGCUCGGUAAGGUGUCUAAAAGUAUAUAAACACACACAAACACACACACAGAGGUCCUUAUCAACAAUCCAUCUCACAUUAUGAUCGAUAUCAAUCUAAAACCUUACAGUGAAGUAACUUUGUAAUGGAUAGGAACAUCUCCGUAAUAAACGUACUCAUAUCGGGCGUUCAUGACGAACAAAAUGCUUCUUUUUAUCCUUUGGAAAUCGUACUUUCGUUUGCUUUAUUUUCUAGCACAUCGUUUAACACAAUUAAAUAACACAAACGUACACAAUGAUUAGUUUAAAAUAUUGUCAAAUGCCAGACUAUUCUAUCGUUCGACUAUCGGCUACUUUCGCUCGUUGCGCUCCCUCACAGGUUUCGGUUUCGGAGCGUUAGCAACCAUCUCCUUUGGCCGGCCAUUUUUGUUCACCGAUUUUGUCCCUGCGCUCGUCUUGGAAGCGUUUAGCUUUGCCUUGGUGCUGGUCUUCUUGCUCGCGGUGCCCGGCGUAACGAUCGACAGCCGUACCUUACCGCCGGAUCGAGCAAUUUUCGUUUUUGUAAUGGCGGUUUUCUUCGUGCUGAGCUUUGCGUUCGGGGCCGCCAGUUUCCCUUUACCACCGGUCACUUUGCUACCCUUUUUCUUCUCGUUAUUGUUCUUAUCCUUUACCGGCUUUGGCUCGGUUUUGGAUUUUUCCUUCGCCUUCGGAGCUUUAGGUUUCGGUUUGAUGGUAUCAACCUUCUGCUGCUUCUUCACACCCUCGGUGUAGGCUUUGGUGAAGCGGAUGCUACCGUUCAUGCCACUGCCACCGGUCACGCGCUCGACGAUAUCCUUGCUGGUGAGCUUUUCGAACGCUUUCUUCACGUACGCACUUAUUUCCCCCUCGAUCGUGUACUUGCCUUUGAUCGUUUUUUUGAUCGACACAAACGAUAGUCCCUUCCGGCGUGGGUCGUUCUCGGCGAUGGUGUCGAU